UACAUAAAUCCCCCGGCACUUUUUUCUAUUGAAUGCGACUUUGGGUCACCACUUCAGGGCGAAUCAGGGCACCUCGUGGUUUUUAAAGUGCACCGCUUCAUGAUUAACCGAAUGUAAACAGACUUUUUUUGCGCCUCUGUGUAACUUUGAAACUCGUACAGCAAACAUAUCAAACCGUUACCCAGUUGUAUAGAAGAACCCGUGUCAUAGUAAAGCAACGUUGUGAGCGCUUAAAGCAACUAUAUGAGUGUUGCAGCGAAAACAUAGCACCGUCUAAUACCAGACAUUAAGCUCCGCAUCCAUCCUCAAGAGUCUCUGUGAGCGCCUGCGAACAUGACGAGACGCUCCUGCACGCUUUAUGCGGUCGGGGUGAUAUGCAGCACCCUGCUGGUGGUCGGGAUUGGUCUAGUAGUGAGUCAAGUUUUCCGAACCUUCAUGCACAACCGCCUCAAAAAGGAGAUUGUUUUGGUAGAGGGAAGCCGUGUGUUUGAGUCAUGGAAAACCCCUCCCCCACCUGUCUACAUGGAGUAUUUUUUCUUCAAUGUGACUAAUGUGAACGAGUUCGUCGAAAAGGGGGCCAAGCCAGUGGUCAAACAGAUUGGACCCUACACAUACAGGGAGUACAGGUAUAAGGUCAACGUGACAAUGGUGGAAAAUGGUGAGAAGGUGUCCGCAUACAACACCAAGAGCUUUGUGUUCAUUAGGGAGAAGUCUGUGGGCGACCCAGCUGAGGAUAACAUCACCACUGUCAACAUCCCUGCUUGGGCUGUGAUGAACGAGUUAAAAGAAAGUUACUGGAAGGCAUCCAUGAUGUCCAUCUGGAUGAACUCUAUAGGGAUUGGUCUGUUCACCACUCGCACUGUAGAUGAAUUGCUUUGGGGUUAUGAAGAUCCCUUGCUUGUCCGCAUCGCUUCCAUGAAACCUAAUGUGGAGAAGAUCUUUGGCCUCAUGUACAAGAAAAAUGGAAGUAACGACGGGGAAUUUGUAUACCACACUGGGGAGCAGAACUACAUGGAUUAUGGCCACGUUGAAACAUGGAAAGACCAAAGACAGCUGACCUUCUGGAAUUCUAACCAAAGCAACAGCAUCAAUGGAUCCGAUGGAAGUGCUUUCCAUCCCUUGCUGGAUAAGAAUGAACGCAUUUACAUCUUUACUCCAGACCUCUGCAGGUCGAUCCACAUGGAGUUUGAGAAAGAUGUGGAGGUGAAAGGAAUCCCAGCGUACCGCUUCACACCCCCACGCUCUGUUUUGGCCAGCAAAAAGGAGAACCCAGCCAACGAGGGUUUCUGCGUUAGCCCAAAGGAGUGCCUGGGAACCGGCCUCCUUAAAGUCAGUCCCUGUCGGAAAGGUGCCCCGGUAGUUGCCUCCUUUCCUCAUUUCUACCUGGGAGACGAGAAAUACGUGGCUGCCAUUGAAGGAAUGUCUCCUCAAAGAGAGCAUCACCAAACGUACCUAGACCUCAACCCGACCACUGGAGUGAUUGUUCGUGCCAACAAGAGAGCACAGAUUAACAUCUUGUUUAACAAAAUACCUGGAUUCCCAAAAACUAAAGCUCUGAAUGAGACAAUCUUUCCCGUCAUGUUCCUCAAUGAGAGUGUGGUGAUUGAUGAUGCUUCUGCGGCGCGAGUACACAAGCUGCUGCUGAUCGUCACUCUUGUGUCCAACUUCCCGCUCAUCAUCGUGGGACUGGGUGCCAUUAUGCUCGCAAUUUUCAUCAUCCUUUUGCUCAAAGCCCGCAAACACAAGAAUGAAGUUGAGCGCAUCGUGUUUACCAAGCCACACUAUGCUACCUCCAAUGAAGACGACACUUCUUAUUCUCCAGUGAGUGAUAAGGAAAAGGAGGAUCCUCAAAAUGGAACAUUUAUUGGUAUGACGGCUAAAAGUGAACCACAAGCAUAAGAACAGAGGAAAAGGUGGCUUUGUACAUGGACAACCCUCAGAAUCAGAAAUAGGGAUGUGGGUUUUCAGGAGAGAGAGAAAAAAUGGUCAAUAUCUCCUCUAUGAUUGGAAAUCUUUAAAGGGUGGGGGGUUACGGGGUACUAUAUGUACUUCAUUUUAAUGUCAAGGCCACUGAAUUUCAAGAAAAGGUUUGACACAACACUGAGUCAAGAGCCAAAUCUUGCUGUUUGAAUCAGUUUGCUGAAAGCUGCAGUUCUUUAAUAAGUAGAGUUAGAGAGAGCUUUUUGUGGUGGUCCCAAACAAAGAUAACACAUCCCUUUAUACCUCAGAGGUGGGAUGAAUUUGAUUUUAAUGACUGAACUUAUUCUGUUUGCCUAUCAGUGGUUCUCAACCUGGGGGUCCCAAGAUAAUUUCGGUGUUUCAAGGUGGUUGUUGAGUAAAAAUAUCAAAAUAAUGCAAAGACAAACCUGAUAAUUGUGACUUUAAAAGUUUGAGAACCGCUGGCCUAUAUCAAAUUUAGUUGACUGACAACUGUGUUAUGUGGCACAGGUGGGGAUUUGGGACCAGGGAAAUUAAAUCUGUAAACUGUGAUUUUUAUUUUAUUUUAUAGGUAUUAUACGCCACUCUCAGGGGGCCUCUGCUUAGAUACUAUCGAAAAUACUAUCAUAAAGAAGGGUAGAGAAGCAAUACAUCAUCAUAUCUUGUCUUUGUGAAAGAAUUAGAAUCAAUUCAGUGUAACUAUUGUUAAUUUGCAUUUUAUCCUAACUAAAUGUUACAAAACAUUUUCAUGGCUCAUUAUUGUUUUCCAGUUAUGCAUUGUAUUUAGAGGGAGAUCUGUGAACAUCAUUAGCACCACACCUGAGAAAUCCUCAGAGUAUAUUUUUGUAUAUAUACAGUGUAAGGUGAAUUGAACUGUUAACAUUCCUCUCAGUGUAUUAUGGAAAUAUCAGACAAAACGCUGUAUAUUUUGGAUGUUUUAACUUUUGUGAAAUAGGAAGUCCUCAAUUUUAUUUGUAAAUGUUAAUGUAGAAAUGAAUGAAGUAAGAGCUUCACAGUUAUAUUCUCGUGCCAUAAUGAGCAACACUUUUAUCUGCCGUCUAAAACCCUGAAUAUGACAAGAUUUUAUUUUAAAAACAGUGAUUCAUACAGCACUUAAUUUUGUGUUAACGUUAUGGAUUGCCCUGUUUGACUGCUUACAUUAACUCACGCCUCAUCACAAAUAUGAUUCAGCUUAUUAUCAGUUCAAAAUGGUGUUUUUUUAUGCUUUUGCUGAAGGCCUUGAUUGCAUUGUUGCUGCUCAAUAUAACACCCAACAUUUUAUUUAUAAUGUUUGUGAAAGUCUUCAUGUCAGGGGUCUAAUGUAGUCAUUUCUACUAAAUCCUCAUGAUGGUUCAAUUUAUGAAGAAACACUGCAGCUAGAUUUGUUACUGAAUUUAUCUAGCCUUUUUAUAGUUUUCACAUAUUUUGUCUAAAGAACGCUGUCACACCAUCAAAUCUCAUGCAACUGAGAAAUGUUGCAUUUUUUGUCUUGCCAGCAGGGUCAAACUGCACUUAAUCAUUCAAGGCUGGUAAAAACAUUUUAUGUGCCAUUACAAUAUAGAAAUACUACAGAAUUACUGUAUUUAAAACUGUGUUGAGCCCAACCUUUGUUACAGCUAUCAUUUUAGGCAUAAAUGAGUUACUUCAUAAUGUCUCCUAUUACAUGCACUAUAAUAAUAAGCAAAACAUAUAUCAGAGAUUAACAGAGGAGCUGUAAGUUUAAUUUGCUUUGAUUUAACUUUUUGUGGUGGUGUAUACUUUAAUCAGUUAUGUUCAAUACAAAAAAAAAAUGAAAACAAAAUAAAUUCAGUGAAAUGUAGUAUCAUAAAUCGGGGGAGGGGAGAAUAAAUGGAUGAAACAAUAUUGUAUGCAAAAAUUACAGUAUUACACAGUAUUAGUUUUCUGGUGAAUAAGAUAAAUUAUUUUUGUUGCAAAAAUAAUUUGCAACAAUUAUUGCAACCAAACCAAAACCUAGAGAGCACCAUGUGGACUGUACACUGGGCUACAUUGUGCCAUGCUUUGAUAACAGAUUGUAUUUUCUGUAAUUAUAGUUACUGCGAUAACCACUAAGUAUUGUAAUUGUGAGCUUUAUUUUGAAACAGUAUUGUAAUUGUGAGCUUUAUUUUGAAACGCUGACUGUUAAUACUGUAUUUACUGUGUACACAAAAAUAAAAGUAGUUUCAGUAAA